CUUUCUCUCUCCCCGGUUUUUAAACACGCUGUUGUGAGAGCAAGAGAAAGGAAGAGAGCCAGUGGAGGGAGCGACGCGCUCACCGGCCAGCAGCAACAAAGCAACCGCCAACCGCCCCGACACCGCGGCUAGGGCUUCCGCCUCGGUCGGGCAUUGCGGAGGCCGCAAGCCACGCCCUCCCCCGGCGCGGCGGACGGCGGGGGUGACCCCCACGAGCGGCGGCUGCUGCUGCUGAUUUGGAUGGUGGGUUGCGGCGUUGGGGCUCAGAUCUGAGAUGGCCGACGGCGGGUGCGAGGAGGGGAAUGCUUCAGCGCACAAGGGCUCCGCGCGCCGCCGGGGGGCGGUGCAGGCGGGCCUGGAUGCGGACGAGCUCCUCACGCUCAUGUACGGCUCGGAUCCCGUCAAGGUCGAGCUCAGCCGGCUGGAGAAUGAAGUGAGGGAUAAGGAUAGGGAGCUGGGUGAGGCGAACGCGGAGAUAAAGGCGCUGCGUCUGUCGGAGAGGGCGCGAGAGAAGGCCGUCGAGGAGCUCACUGCUGAACUAGAGAAAGUGGAUGAAAAACUCAAGUUGACAGAGUCUCUCCUUGAAACUAAAAACUUAGAACUUAAGAAAACAAAUGAUGAGAAAAAAGCUGCUAUGGCAGCUCAGUUUGCAGCCGAAGCAACGCUACGAAGAGUACAUGCAGCCCAGAAAGAUGAUGAUAUGCCACCUAUUGAAGCCAUUCUUGCACCACUUGAAGCAGAGCUAAAGCUUUCGAGGCAAGAGAUUGCAAAGCUCCAGGAUGACAAUAGAGCUUUAGACCGUUUGACGAAGCAAAAGGAGGCAGCAUUGCUAGAAGCAGAAAGGACUGUACAAAUUGCAAUGGCAAAAGCUGCUAUGGUUGAUGACAUGCAAAACAAGAACCAAGAGUUGAUGAAGCAAAUUGAAAUUUGCCAGGAAGAAAAUAAGAUCUUGGACAGGUUGCACCGCCAAAAGGUUGCAGAAGUAGAAAAGCUUAGUCAAACUGUGAGAGAGCUGGAAGAGGCUGUUCUACAAGGUGGUGCAGCUGCCAAUGCUGUUAGAGAAUACCAACGGAAAGUUCAAGAAAUGAAUGAAGAAAAGAAAAUUCUGGACCGGGAACUUGCUCGGGCAAAAGUUACCGCAAACAGGGUCGCUGUUGUAGUUGCAAAUGAGUGGAAAGAUGCUAAUGGCAAAGUAAUGCCUGUUAAACAGUGGCUCGAAGAGCGAAGGUUCUUGCAGGGUGAGAUGCAGCAGCUUCGUGACAAACUUGCUAUUGCAGAGAGAACAGCACGAUCAGAAGCUCAGCUAAAGGAAAAGUAUCAGUUGCGCCUCAAAGUUUUAGAAGAUGGACUGAGGGGUGCACCAAGUGGUUCUAGUCGUCCUCCUACAGAAGGAAAGAGUAUUAGUAAUGGAACUCCCCGACGACUUUCACUAGGUGGUGCUGAUAGUAUGUCCAAAGCUUCUCCAAACGGUGUGUUAAUGAGGAGGUCUCCUUCUUUAAAUUCAAGAUCCUCUCUCACAACCAGCAGUAGUUUGGUCCUGAAGCAUGCAAAAGGAAGUUCAAGGUCAUUCGAUGGUUGUACCAGGUCGUUAGACCAAGGAAAAGUUCUUGGGAACGGGCCUCAUUCACUCAAUAGUUCUACGGAUGCUGUUAAAAAUUGUGAAACGGCUGAUAAUUGGAAGGCUGAUGCGGAAGAAAAAAGCAAUGAAACCACAAACAAUGAUUCAAGUGAUAUGGUCUCUGGUGUACUCUAUGACAUGCUGCAAAAAGAGGUAGUUUCUUUGAGAAAGGCAUGCCAUGAGAAAGACCAAAGUCUAAAGGACAAGGAUGAUGCAAUAGAGAUGUUAGCAAAGAAAGUAGAUACAUUAAAUAAAGCAAUGGAAGUGGAGUCUAAAAAGAUGAGGCGGGAGAUGGCUGCUAUGGAGAAGGAAUUUGCUGCGGUGCGUCUUGAGAAGGAACAAGAAAGCAAAGCUAAACGACUUGGUAAUUCGAAAGGACCUGGAACUUCUUCUCAGACAGUUUCUGGAAGGUAAUCCUUCGGUGGGUGAGGUUUAACCUUGUGGCGUGCUCUUAUUUUGUCGAGGCAGUGCUGCUGUGGUUGUAUAGGUUGGACGAUCCUGUGCGUUUUCUAUAUGCAGUUGAGCUAGUGUGUUUGAUUUUCCGGGUUGUGAAUAUCAUUGUAUUCUGCUAUGGCCUCGUUUCUGAUCUUUUUGUUUGCCCUUGGUUGGGCCGGACUUGGUUCUUGGACACCGUUUGUACCUUGUACUACCAUCUUGUUCCACGUCGAGCUGAAUCAGAUGGAGUGUUUUGUCAUUUGAUGAAACCUUAUGUCACAUGUCACGUGCUGUGACCA